GCAUAGAUUUUAGAAAUAGUUUAUAUACUAAAAAUGUUUACCUUUGUAUCAUCAUUUUUCAUUCCAAAUACUUUAAUAUAUAGUUAUUUAAAAAAAAAUUAUAUUUAAAUUUCAAUAUCGCGGAGGUUCCUAAUCCUAGUAUUUUUAAUAGAAAACCGACAACAAUUCAAGACAAUAGAGGUCGAUCUACAUUCAUACUUUUUUUAGUAAAAUAAUGAGUGGUGAGAUGAGUUUGUUGUUUUAAUCCCAUGCCUGGCUGGUAAUGGCAUAUCUUUUUGUUAAAUUUGGUAAUGGCAUAUUCCUUUUACAAGAUGCGAAUUCUCCCAACAUCUUUAUAUAGACUUUCCCAUUUACAUCAUCUCCUUCCACGUUUUCCCAAUAUAUUAAUUUGAUUUCUUUCAAUGUCAUCCCUACACCAAUGGCAUUACAUUCUUUUAUUCCCCUUUACACCAAUAAUCUAUACAUUUUUUUCCAAUAUUUCAUUUUAUCCUCACUUAAAAAUGACUUGCAGAGUCGUAUACUUUGAACUCAUAUACAUCUCUACAUAUAAAUGCACUGUUCAUAAAGUUUUAAUGUCGGUCUACUAUAUAUAAACUACGUUAGAUUUGUAUUCGUUUUCAUAUACAAUUUAGGAAAGACAAUAUUACUAUUAUCAACAGACACGCGGUACAGUAGUAAUACUAAAGCUGAUUAAUUAUUGAAGAAAAAUAAUAUUUUAAAGAAAAAGUGAAAAGAACACUAUGGCUUAUGUAAUGGGUGCUUUCAAUCUCUCUUUUAAUGUGUCUUCAAGACCAUAAAAACCCUAAGACCACCUCCAUUGGUGGUUCCAAGGAGGGGUUCUAAAGUGAAAAAGCAAAAAAAAUAAAUCAAAAAUGCUAAAAUCAGAGAGAACCGCUGUCUAACUAAGAGGAAGUAGAGUUGUUAGAAACCCCAUACGUGUCGUUUUAUUAUUGGAUUUUCUCUUUUGUGCCUUCUUCGUCUUCUCUUCGUCUUCUCUUCGUCUUCGUUCUUUGUUUUUUUUCUGGUCUGAGAAAUCGAUGGGGACAACAAAUCGGGUGGGGAUCAUUUUCGGUGGUGUAGAUGAAACGUGGUUGCUAUCAAGGAGAUCGCCAUGGAAAUUGCGACGUUGGGGAUUUUCAUCUCGAGGAAGAUCAGUCACCCCAACGUCAUCCGCUUCGUCGACAUGAUCGAGCUUCACCACAACAGCUACGUAGGGAAAGGAUAGCUGAAAGGAUCAUGGCGCUUCAAGAACUUGUACCCACUGUUAACAAGGUCUCUAUCUUUCACCUUCUCUACGGCAGCGCAAGAUGCUGGAUUCAGAUACUAUGGAGACUCGUCUCUUGCUUUUGCAAGUGGAGCCAAGACACACAUGUGACAUCUAAAAAGACAGUAGCAUGUGACACAAAUGAACAACAAUCUGAUCCAAUCUCAGUUCCAUGUUUGUUCUUUUUCUAUCACUUCUUGUCUCUGGAACUUUGUUGUCAAAACGAAACAUUGUGCUUGAUUAUUAGUGUUUGUGAAACAUAGGCCAUGAACAUUUGAAUG